UAUUUUGAAGUUGUAAACUUCAUUUCACUUUAAUAUUCUCUACCAAUCUAGAAAUUGAUUCUCUCAGAACUGAGAAAGAUAUCAAAUAUAAAUAUCAUUCGAGAUAUUAAGGCAGGAAAAAAAUUGCAGAAUUAAUAAGCGUAAUAUGUAUCGAGAAAAAUUAUUGGACUUAUAUUAAAAAAUAAUUUAAAGUUGACAGUAAUUGUCGAUCGUUUUCUAUGUGUGUGUCAUCGUCUGUGAUUUUCGAUCGUUAUAAAUGAAAAAUAAGUCAAACUAUGCAAAACUUGAUUUUCCCUCAACAGCUUUUAACUACUUUUAUCAGAUGAUUGAAUUUGAUAAGGAUUUUUUUUCACAGUCGAGCGAAAGAAAUUUUUUGCUGACAACUCCUAGUAAGAUUUUGGGAGGUGGUGUUGUGUUCUGUCAUUAGUAGCUUUCUUCCACAAUAUUUACUUAUGUAAAAUGUCAUCAAAUGAUGAAAACUUUGGCAAUUCGAACUUCAUCGUGUCUCAAAGCCCAAUGUCUGUAGAAGAUAAACAUUAUUAUGUAGUCAAUGAAAGAGAUGAUUUCAAUGUAAAAUCCAAAUCAGAUAUGCAAGAUAUGACUGAAAAAUUAAUUGCCAAUGAGAUAGGAAUGGAUAUAGAUCCUUUGCUCAAAUCAGGAAAUCAAUUUUCUACAGUGGCAUCUUUUGCAGAUAUAGAGGAAAAAGAAACUAAAGAUGAAAAUGUUGGAUCUCAAUUAGGGGCCAGUGCUCUCGAUAAAAGUGACAAUAAGAAUUCUGAUACUAAUGUGUCAAAUCAAAAUGAAUAUGACGCUAGUAUAGACGAAAGGUUACCAGAAACAGUGACAUUACUUACUACACCGGAGGGAGCAAAAUUGUAUUUAGUAGGAACAGCACAUUUUAGUAUUGAAAGCCAAAAUGAUGUCUCAAUGAUAAUUCAAGCUGUACAGCCUCAUAUAGUUGUGGUUGAAUUAUGCAAAGACAGAAUUGGUAUAUUACAACUUAAUGAGGAAGUCUUGUAUCGCUAUACUAAGAAUCUAACUUAUCAAUGUAUUGUUGAAACACUAAAGGAAUAUGGACUUUAUAGUGGAUUGUUACAUAUCUUGUUAUUGAGAAUGGUAGCCCAAAUUACUAAGGAACUUGGAGUGGCACCUGGUGGUGAAUUUCGUAGAGCAUUUGAAGAGGCAAGGAAAGUACCAAAUUGUAUUGUGCAUUUGGGUGACAGGCCCAUUGAAAUAACAUUUCAACGUGUAUUAAAAUUAUUAUCUUGGUGGCAAACUAUAAAGCUUGGAUGGCAAUUGAUAAAUUUAAAAGGGGAUAUUAAUAAAGAAUAUGUUGAGAUUUGGAAGCAACGAAGUCUAUUAAAUGAUGUGAUUGCUCAAUUAAAACAACAGUAUCCAUCAAUAGAGCAAGUAUUUAUAACGGAAAGAGAUCUGUAUCUUACAUACACACUUCAAGUAGCAUGUAUGCCUCGAUGUACUCCAAAUGGGGUAAUAUCACCUAGAGUUGUAGGAAUUGUUGGAAUAGGUCACACUCCAGGAAUUAUGAAAAAUUGGGGAAAAUUGCAGCCAUUUGACAUAGUGCCCAUUAUAAGUGUGCCUCCCCCAUCAUUAUCAAGCAAAAUAUUGAAAUUUAUUCUUAAGACCUCUCUAUUGAGUGCAGUAGUUUACGUGGGAUAUAAAAUUUUACCAUUACCUUCUGGUAUUACGUUACAAUCUAUCAGAUCGUCGGCCGAAGGACUAUUAAAGACACUAUCAAAUUUCUUUGGGUUUUUUGUUGAUGUAAAAUUAUGGUAAGCAUGGAGGUAACUGCUUGUGCAGAUAAAUACGAGCAUACAGUACCAAAUGUUAUGUAUGUAGUAAAUAAUAUACCAGGUCCAGGUGUAGACAUAGAAGAUUUUGAAUCAGAGUACUCGCUAGGUUGUUCUUGUGUAGUUA